UUUCUCACAUGUCUGGUUUUAAUUUGAGAUUGGUAAUUUGUUAAGGGUUGAAAUUUGUAUGAUGGUCUGUGGGACGAGAUCAUUGACUUUUGUAUAUAUUUACGAUGUCAUCGAGUAAGAAAAGGUAUAUACAUGAAGGCUGGAUACACAAAUGGACGAAUUUUAUUGGUAGCUGGAGACCAAGAUAUUUCAUGCUUGAACCAGAUUGCUUAUCCUAUUCUAUCGAAAAGGACGGCGUUGUAAAAGAAUCAUUCCUAUUAUCUCACUGCAAAAUACGUUUAUGCCCAGACGACCCGGUACGUUUGGAUAUUGAGGUAGUGGGUAGUUGUUUAUUGUGUUUGAGGACGGACACGCCCUUAGAAAAACACAAGUGGUACGUGUCAUUUAAGCGCGCGCAAAAGCUAGCGCUUCAGUCAAACCAGCGACGACAGCCUGGUGAACGCUUUCUAACUUCACACCCUGAAGAAACUAGGGCUCCAGAAUCGGAACCUCAAGAUAGUUCAAAAUACUCAGAAAAAUAUACUGAAAAAUAUACUGAAGUAUAUACUGAAGUAAAUACUGAAGUAAAUACUGAGCGGAAAUAUUUGUCGGAGAGUGGUAGAGUGAAGGAGUUUGAGCCGGUGGUUACGGAUAAGCCUGAGAUAUCAAAUAUAUUUGUGAAGACGAGAUCUGGCCGUGAAGCGAAACCUUCGUUAUCUUACAUUUUGGACAAUACUGAGACUUUUGAGCACAUUUCUUCUAAAAUCCUUAACGAACUUGAGACAACGACGGAUUCUGAGUCACUAAAGCAUCUCAAGACUUUUAGGCUAAUUCUGUCAGACUUUUGCUGUUCCAUCAAACGACUCUCCGAAGAGGAAUUCAGCACCGCUGAAACCAAACAACCGUACUACACUUCUAAAUCUGACAAGGCAUACUCUAAACCUGAGUACACCAAGACUGACCUCACUAAAUCCAAAUCUAAGGCUGAGAAAUUUAAGUCUGAGAAAUUUAAGUCUGAGGAGUAUUAUUUAUCCAAGAAUUUAGGCCUUGACGGUACAAAGCCGCUCAGUGUCCCAGUUCCAAACGUACACAAUCUAUUCUCUGAACCCAAAACUCCCGAACAAAACCACUUCCACCAACUCGAACAAUUAAAUCAAUUGGAUCAAAUAGAUCGAUUGGAACAAUUAAAUCGAUUGGAUCAGCAGGAUGAGGACGGGAGAUAUGUGUCAGAGGAGAAAUUGGUUCCGAAAGAGGCUCAGGAUUUGCCUGAGGCUCUGGAGGAGUCUGAUACUUCAGAGGAGUUAAUUGACCCGAACAAGGGCGCAAAUAUGCUUGAUUAUCAUGAAUUCACACUGGGAACUGGUUGCGAUGAUCCUACAGCGCUACUCCUAGCUGGAAAGGCUGAAUCCUCAGAUAAUUUCUCAUUCGAAUCCAAAGUCUCAGAAUUUCCCGUCAGACGGACAUCCGGCGAGUCAGAUUCUGACUCUGAAACUAAAACUAAAUUAGAAUCAAAGUUGGAUACCAAAUUUUACGAAACUGCAUCAACAGAGUCCUCAUUGUCCAAACUCUCACUCAAUACUUUCUCCAACACCGACAGAUCCAAAAUCAAACGUAGAACCGUUCUACCCAAACCACGCCUAGACCAUAAAGUAUCGAUAUGGUCGAUAUUGAAGGAUUUUAUAGGGAAGGAUUUAUCCCGUAUAAGAAUGCCGAUAGUGUUUAACGAGCCGACAUCGAAUUUACAGCGUGCAGCUGAGGAUUUUACGUAUUAUAAAAUCCUGAACGACGCUGCGGAUAUGGAAGAUCCCAUUGAACGACUUGCCAAUGUUACCGUCUACAGUAUCACGCCAUACUCCUCAGCCGUUGGAAGAUCAUACAAACCAUUCAACCCCCUACUCGGGGAAACAUACGAAAUCUCACACACAGGAUUCAACUAUUUCGCAGAACAAGUGGCGCAUCAUCCUCCGAUAUUGGCGUUUCAUUGUUUUAAUGAUAAAUUUGAGUCCUCGGGAAGCCUCAACAUGGUCAUCAACUUCACCGGAAAAGCCAUCGAAGCUAAUUUGAUGGGUCCGUUUGUGGUGGAUUUGAAGUUGGGUUCUGGUGUUGAGAAGUAUAAUCUUCAGAGGUGUAAUAUGAUAUUACAUAAUUUAAUUUUUGGUAAAAUGUGGAUUGAAGCCGUCGGAUACGUCAUCAUCAAAAACGUCACCGAAGGACACUUCUCCGUCAUGCAAUACCUCAAAAAAGGAUGGUUUAAUAAGGAGAUACACAAGGUGAGAGGUUUGGUGUUGGACAAGUAUGGCACGCAUCAUUAUUACAUAUCUGGAAUCUGGAGUAAACACAUCUUCAUCGAAAAAGUCUACUCCUCCGCAUCCAAAAGCAAAAACAAACUACUCAAUGACGACGGCUCACUCAUCUUCAACAAAUACCGAUAUAAGAAUGAGGCGGAUGCUUGGGAUGCGUUUGUGAAUGAUAUAGACUGGGAGAAUAUAAAUGUGGUCCCGAAUACGCGUAGAGAGGUGUGGAAGCCAUUUGACCGUCCAGACAAUAACGAGGAUUACUACGGAUUUGGUUACCUCACCAUGCAACUGAAUGAACUUACUGAGGACUAUGACAAGUCUAAGGGAGCGCAAAUGCCCAGAACCGAUUCCAGAUACAGACCAGACCAAAGAUUAUACGAAGAGGGGAAUCUCGAAGAAGCCACCGAACUCAAAAAGAAACUGGAAGAUAAACAAAGAGCUGUGGCGAAAGAUCGUAUGGAUAAUCAUAUAACGUAUAAGCCAUACUGGUUUACCAAGGUUAUUGAUCCCGCUACACAUCAAGCCAACUGGGUCUACAACGGUACGUAUUGGGAUAGAAAACGUGAUGGGUCCGUGGAUCAGGGAACACCUGAUAUCUUCGGACUAUAACAUAAUUUACUCACUAAAUUAUUAAUCUUAUUUUUAUUUCUA